AUGAGAGAUAGAUAGUAAGUCACUUUGGUAUAUAUACAUUUUUUUUCAUCAUAUUUUUUUUAGCUCUGACAGUGGUAGAUCCGGAGGCGGCGGAGGACGCAGUUAUGGAAGCGGAGGAGGCGGCGGCGGCUAUGGAGGUAGCGGCGGCGGUGGUGGAAACUAUGGAGGUUGUUUUUUUUUAAUCGAUUGCCUUGCUACGAAUUGAGUUCUCUAGGCGGUUUCGGUGGUCGCGGCGGAGGAGGUGGCCGAGGAGGCGGCUCUAAUGGCAAUGCCGGUGGUCGUUUGCGUAGCAUCGACUGGUCUCGCGAAAAUUUGAAGCCAAUUCAAAAAAAUUUCUAUCAUGAGUCGGCAUCAGUGACACGCCGUGAUCAGGUUCAGUUCAGCAAGUCGUCAUCAAUAUUUCAAAUUAUUUAGUAUGAGAUUGAUCAGUGGAUUGCUGCCCAUCAAGUAACUUUGGAAGGAAGAGGAAUCCCACGCCCUGUCUUCGAGUUUAACGAAGCACCAUAUCCUGGGCAACUUCACGAACUUCUCUACGCCAAAUUUCAAAAGCCUACCGUCAUCCAAGGAAUUUCUUGGCCGAUUGCAAUGAGUGGUAGAGACAUCAUCUCUAUUGCCAAAACCGGAUCAGGAAAAACCCUUGCAGUAAGUCUUGGAAAAAUAAUUUGAAAAGUCUAUAAAUCCGAAAAAAUAUGUAAUUUAAAAUGUUCAGUUCAUGCUGCCAGCCAUUGUUCACACCACUAAGCAAGACCAUCGUGGACGUGGUGAAGGACCUUCAGUUCUUGUUCUUCUUCCAACCAGAGAGCUUGCUCAGCAAGUUCAAGAGGUUCUUGAUAAUAACUUUCUAUGAUUACAUAGUUUUUUAUAGGUAUCCGUUGACUUUUGCACGGCACUGGGACUGAAAAUGACGUGCCUCUUCGGAGGAGCUUCCAAAGGUCCUCAAGCAAGAGACUUGGAACGUGGAGUUGACGUUGUUGUCGCCACGCCUGGCCGUCUUCUCGACUUUCUGGACAACGGUACCACCAACAUGAAAAGAUGCUCGUUCUUGGUGCUCGAUGAAGCCGACAGAAUGCUCGACAUGGGUUUUGAACCCCAAAUCAGAAAGAUCAUCGGCCAAAUUCGGGUGAGUAUUACAACUAGUGGUCUUUAUUGAUUUGAAUUUCUGGAAGUUGAAAAUGAAUUUUAGCCUGAUCGACAAACGCUCAUGUUUUCCGCUACAUGGCCUAAAGAAGUCCGCUCUUUGGCAGCAGACUUCCAACAAGACGCAGCUUUUUUGAACGUUGGAUCGUUGGAGCUUGCUGCCAAUCAUAACAUCACACAAGUUGUUGAUGUUAUUGAUGAGAGCGGAAAACAGCAGCGUAUGAUGCAAUUACUCAACGACAUCAUGAGCCAGGUAACUUUAAACAUAUAAAAUAGAACGUUUUAAAAAAUUGACUUUCAGCCCGAAUGCAAAACAAUUAUUUUCGUCGAAACUAAAAGAAAAGCUGAUGAUCUUACUAGAUGGAUGCGUCGCGAUGGAUGGCCUACUCUUUGCAUCCAUGGUGAUAAGAAUCAAGGAGAACGAGACUGGGUUCUCAGUGGUAUCGGCUAAUAGAAAUUUCAUUGAUGGAACUAAAUAUUUCAGAGUUCAAAGCUGGUAAAACACCAAUCUUGCUUGCAACAGACGUUGCCGCUCGUGGCUUAGGUAUUUUUUCUGACGACUUGCCUAGACAUUUCCAAGUUCAACAUGGAAAUAGCCUUUUGAAUUGCACAGUGUUGACCUAAAUGCAUGGCAUGUGACUGGUUGUGGAGAGAUAGUGCGAUGAGCACUAAAGAGCUCUGUCGACCUGUGAGCUUGUUCGGCGCAUUGCGUCGAGCAGUCUUUGUUGGAGUGUCCUUGCUUUCGUUAAGCAACUGGGAUCAUUCAUGUCUCUGUAGUUUGACGCUCCUUCGAGAUUCACUCAUGGGUCGCCGUGCACUCUCCGUGUAAUUGGACUCGGAUAUUGCUCCUUCCUUGGGAGUGACUCCGCCGUCCUACCCGGUCAGGUGCGUGCCGUUCAUUACUCUUCUUUUUUUCUUUUUUGCUGUAUGCCGCGUUCGAAGUACGAAUGCGCAUAUUGAAACCUUUUCUAUUAGUCAACACUGAAAUCAUACAAUUCUUCUAGUUAUUCUCUCGGGUUCAUUACUUUGAACGCGGUGUAUAGUAUCGUGUUUUCCUAACGCAAAAAUGAUAAUUUCCUUUAGACGUGGACGAUAUCAAAUUUGUGAUUAAUUAUGAUUAUCCUAACAACUCCGAAGAUUAUGUCCACAGAAUCGGAAGAACUGGACGAAGUGACAAAAAGGUUGCCGUUUUUUUUUCUCUCAUCAAGCUGAAACUUUCUUGCUUCUAGGGAACUGCUUACACUUUCUUCACUCCGCAAAAUGCCGCUAAAGCAAAAGAUCUUAUGAAGGUAUAUAUUUAUCUUUUUGGCAAUCGAUAAUAUUUUUUCAGGUUCUCGAAGAAGCUCAUCAAAACGUUUCACCACAACUUCGUGACCUUGCCGCCAGAGGUGGUUCCGGGGGUGGAGGUGGCUCUCGCGGUCGUUGGGGCGGCGGAGGCAGCUCUGGAGGUAAACGAUCUUUCGGCGGAGGUGACGACUAUGGCGCUAAGCGUCCAAGGUUUUUUUUUUCAAAAUUUCGUUGCUAUUGAAAAUUUGAAGAUUUGACGGAGGCAGUUCGCGUGGCGGUGGCUACGGUGGUGGCGGCGGCGGCGGACGUUGGUAAACAAGCAGAUCUCACACAUUUUCCUUUUAAUCUAAAAUUUUAUCAUGUUUUUUACUCUUGAUUUAUAAUAACAAACGAUCUUCACGAUGUACUUCUGUUGUUGACUUCUGUUUCUCAAUAAAACUGGAAGCAAUUUUUUUUUUCAUUGACAUCGAAGGUACGGAGGUCGCAUGCCGAUGCUUCUAUUUGAUAUAAAAAGUCAAAAAAACGUCCUCGGACUCAAGAAAGUGGGAUUUAGAGGACUAAACCAAGAGCACUAAAGCUUUUAGCUAGAGAAACCUCUUAUGAAUCGGUCCGAAUGGUCAAUUUAUAUUUUCUUUUUCUUUUGAAGGGGUUGAGAAUUGGGUGAAUGUCGAAACUGUCUUUCACUAAGAAUAACUGCCGAGAUAUAGCUGAUUCGCGGCUGGCUUGAGCCAUCGAGAAAAGGGUCCUGUCACGAAAAGAGACGAAACAGUGCCCUGGUUAGUGGAGAGUGCAGACAGGCCACCCCUUUUUGCGUCCCAAGCUAGCUGUGAAUCGUCUAUAAACGCGAGACGCUGGCGGUACAUUGACGAGCUCGCAAACAUCUCGCGCCGGUCUCGCAUUUUUCUGGUCGCGAGCUCGCACUUUUCUAGGCGCGAGCUCGCAAUCUGAAAAUUUCCGAAAUGCAAGAUGAAUGCGAGGUCGCGCCGAGAAAAAUGCGAGAUCGCGCCUAGAAAAAAGCGACAUUUUUGCGAGUUCGUCAAUGUACCGCCACCGACCUCGCGUUUAUCUCGUCAGUUAUUCUUAGUGUUACUACUACUUUACUUUUUACUUUAUUUGAAUACUACAAGGGUUGGAAACGUAAAUAUUUCAAAAGUUGUUCUUACAUUAUUAACUUUCAUAUUAUAUCUAAAUUAUAAACCUUUAUAGCUAUUCAGCAAAAAUAUUGCAUGUAUAUUUUCUAUAAAUAAGACGUAUUUAAAUAUCGUAUAUCGUUUUUUUUUUUCUCAUUUUUUAUUCCUAGUGCCCUUAGUGAGUUUUUGAAAAGUUAACGAUGUUUUAAAAAUAAAUUAUAUGUUAACUCGAGAGAAAAAAACUGAUAUUGAAUAAUUUUCUGGAAGAAUUUUCUCAUUGACUACUUGCAAAUUUCUCGGACAGAACACGAAAAAAGAAAGACUGGAGCGUACGCAAAAAGCCGAUUCUUCCGGAGUUAGAAGCCUCGAGCGACGUUCAAAAGCACGAGGGCUUAAGAAUGCAAGGCACUAGGGGCGUACGUGUUUGCAUUCAUGCGGGGAGAAAAGCUUCAGUUAUCGCAAGCUUUUUUUGCGGUAUUCUUCUCGGCUCCUCAUGUCCUGCAGUAGUUGACCGGGAACGAUUAGUUGGGAGGGGACGAUUUGCCGAAAAGAAAGGUCCUCCGGCGGUUGCGCAACCACAACGCUCGUUUUCAAUGAAAUUCAGCGCGGAGAAUGAAUCAAUAGCUGAAACGGGGCAGCGCGUCUAGUAUAACGCCGUGUUCGACUCGUUUCCUCCUGCAGCUAUUUUUAAUUACAUGCGUUUUUUCUUCCAUACCUCUUUUUUAUUAUUCCAGGACAAUAACAAUGAUUUUAAAUCCUUUCCAGUUCAUUUCAAUUCCACCUUCGCGAUCCGUUUUUUUCAUAGAUCUCUUUUUUUUUCAAUUACAGAGCUCACAUGGGUGGAUGGGCACAUGUGAAGAAUUCUUGAAGGGCAUCUAUGUUACAUAAAAUCGGCGCUCAGCAUCUUACAGGUUAUUCUUUCGAAUGAUUACUAUCAUGGCAAAAAAAAAAGUUUUUGCGCCUUUGAAUAUUCCUUGAUAAAAUUGUUUCCUGAAUUGCUAUUCGCUUUCGAAAAAAAUAUUCAGUCUGAAAAAAAAAUUUCGUUCAUUUCCGCGUUUCUGAAAAACAAAGUUUAAUGAAAACGUUUUUUUUUAACGUAAUGGGUGGUGUACAAUGAUAGCGCAUAUAGAAAAAAGAAAGAUUCAAGAUGUUUUGAAGUGAUUUUCUAGAUUUUGGCUCGUUUAUCCGCUCCUCACAUUGAGAAAGUAAUCAAGUUACGAAGUCUCCAAAAUAUGCUUUCGAAAUUCGUUAAAGCCGGAUGUUGUAGUAGGAUAGCUUGGUGGUGUUUCCUCUUACCAAUUUAUGAGCCAGAUUGAAAUAAGUUUUUAUUCUAUAAUCUUUUUAUCAAUAAAUGUUUGUUGAAGAUGUCUCUUCUGCCACUCGAUGCGAUGCACGGGAUGCUUUUCGUGGAAGCGCGGCUGCUCGGGAACCCAGGAACGGUCAUUUCUCAAAUCGGCCUUUCUGUCGAUUCACCCAAUGCUAGCGUUGCCGUCUUUUGUGAGUCUCUUUCAAUAUUUUUUCACGCUGUUUAAUAUUUGAAAAAAAAAUUGUUAUUGGAUGCCGUGUUCAAAGUAAUUUCGGCGAUUUCAAAAUAGACGCGUUAUUCGUUUAAAAUGAAUUCACGAAAUAGGCAGAAUUGAUAUUCCGAGAAUGGCAAGAAAAAAUGAGUCCUACAACGAUAUAUCGUUAAAUAUGCAUUUUUACCGUAAUUUCUUCGCGGGAACUCAUAUUUUUGGAAUUAUUUGGGCAAUUUCUACUGAAAUUUCAAAUUCGCGCGUAAAACUCACCGUAAAAAUGCGUAUCCAACGAUAUAUCGUUGUAGGACUCACCUUCCCAGAAUACCAAUUUCGCCUAUUUCCCCAAAUCAUUUUAAACGAAUAACGCUCUUAUUUUGAAAUCGCCGAAAUUACUUUGAACACGGCAGGAGUUUUAAAAUUUUCAAAUUUUUUUUUUGGAAGACUUUGAUAUGAGCUUAUUUUUUUUUUGGGAUCCAGAGCUUCAACUUCAUGAUUUUUUUUUUCAAUUUUUGAAUCUAUACCAGAAUUAGUGAUUCUUUGUUUUUUCAUUCUCAUUGACCCGUUUCACCCCGUUUCGCCCAGAAUUCUUUAUCAAAAACAGUUUUCAAUUGCAUACGCAAUUUAAUUUUAGCUUCUCCAAGAAAUAUAGGUCUAAUUUAUUUUUAUUUUUAAUUUUUUCAUCACUUGAAAGUUUUCAGUAAAAGCUUUUUUAUUGUCAAGGUUUUACCAAUAUCGGACUUUUUUUCAAUACAUCUGGAAGAAAGUCUUUUUAUUUCACGUCUUUCUCUUCUUUUCGUAUCCGUUCAUGUUACUGAAGAUCUAGAACAAUUUCACCUCUGAAAAAUCCUUCUUUUCUUCGAGUAGUUUUUGCUCUCAGAUUCGACGUUAAACGGACUUCUUAUGAAUAUUUCAUAAGAAAACGUCUCUGCUCGAUGUAGGAACUAAAGCGGUUGGCGUAAUGUCCUCUGACUCGCUUAGGAAGCUUCCGGAAGUCUUAUUGAUGGGCUUCCCUUUUUUUUCUAUAAAAGCGCACCUUUUCUCGAUGAGAAAAAAUGGAACUCGAGAUUCCCACGCCUUCUGAACAAGGAUAUUGGAUUGUUUGGCGCAACUCGAGUGCAUAGAAGGCCUCCUGAAGUAAUCCAAAACCCUCCCCCAGGGAAAGAUUCUUCGGAAGAAUGUCGCCUUCCGGACUCUUUUUGGCCGCGAUUACAAUCGAUCUCGCCAAUUAUGAGACACUUGCUAUUCAAGAAGAAAUUUGCUAUUCAAGAAGUUUUGAGAAUGACGUCAUACACUCAAAUUCUUUUUCCAACUUAAAAAUUUAGUUUAGGGAAAUAGCGCAAAUGCCGUUAUUUAGUGUAAACUUAAAGGGAAAAUUUUUUCCGCUAUCAAGAAAAUUCACAAGUUUGUUUGAAGAAAGUGUUUUGAAAGAAAACUCGCAAGAAGCUCGAAACUUGAAAAAGUAAAACGGUUUUAUUUUGGAAAGAAUUUUCAUCAAUUUUAGUAGUUUUUCAAUCAGUUGUUUCAUUAUUUGUUCAUUCGUUUUUCUGGUUUAUACCGCAUUUAAAAGCUCACAGAAUAUAUAUUCGACAAUAUUAAAAUUAAAAAUCUAAACACGAAACUCUAAUUCUGUUUGAAAAGGCCUACAAAGACUUCAAAAAGGAAAACCUAUUUUUUAAUUUCCUGCCGUUUGUCAUGAAGUUAAUGAAAAACACUGCGCAAAGUACCUCUUCAAGACCUCUUCGAGACAACUAAUAAGCUCCAUAAGUGUCCAACCUUGCUUUUUCGAAGGACCACGAAAGUUUUUGCAUUAUACUGAUGAUAGUCUUCUUAUCUGUAACUUAACACGAUACAAGGACCUCAUUGGGCUUCUUUAUCACUGAAAAACGAGGAAUGCUUCUCUAGGCUUUUCACUAACGUUUUUUUUUUUCUGAAUCUGACUUUUGAAAUUCUAUGAAAAUAUGAUUAAUAUUUUCUCAUUUUACCAAAGGUCCCAAAAACUUUUAAAAAAGACUUGUUGUUAAGAAAAAAAGACUUGUUAUCGUACGGGUUGGCGCAGGUAAGUUUUUGUUUUCCCAGUGAAAAUAUCAAAAAAAUUCAAAUUUCGUAUGACGUCCUAUACUUAUGACGGUCUGCUCUGGCACGUUUCAUUCUCUUUUCGCUUAUCACUGUUUUUGAUCGGGAAAGGAGAACAAAUUUGAUGACUCGAUUUCAAAAAAAAAAGUGCUGAAAAGGCUCAAAAUAAAAAAUAAUACAAUUGCGAUUUCAAAGUGUUUCUUUUGUUUAAUCUUUGAUCAGAAGAAAUGUUUUCUCCAAAAUAUGGUAAUGAAUAACAAGCUCACAACUCGUAAGUCAGUCUGACGACUCUAUGAAACUGUUCCGAUGAAAGUACAAAACUUUCAUUGAGAAGUAUAGUCACUCCCUCUUUAUUGACGCUUUUCAAUCCUCAUAGACGUUUUUUUUUUUCGAAAAACUUGUAGCGCUUUGAAAUACGGUCGCUUUUGUCAACUCUAAGGAUUAAUAAUGACUAAUAUUAAAUAUUAAGAGCAUCAUCAAAAUUUCGUGAAAUAUUUUGAGCACCUGAAAAAACGAUUUUUUUUAAUUACGAUAAAAAAUUUAUAUGAUUUUAGUUAUUAGAAAUCACCUAGAUCGCAAGUAGGUUUUAGAACGAUCUCGUCAAAAGAAAACAAGAGAUAACUUUCUGAGAGAUGACUACGCGAUGUGACACGGAUAUCGUGGUGAAGAGAAGAUUACCUGCAAAGUAGAAGGAGUCAUUUGAGAAAGUAUUAUGCGCGCUGCUCUGGGCCGUCUCUGAUCGCGUGAUGUUUCGCGGUUGGUUUUGCGGCUGCUGCGGCACGUCUCUCGCCCGCCGGCUGUCCCCGCCGGCGACCGCCAUUGAUCCGAAAGGCUGCGAUCGCGGCAUGCCGUCGCUGCUUCUUGUCGUCGAACGUCGCCGUUGACGUCAUCGAUGGACGCCGCACAGCUCGACGUCGCCCUCGCCGACUCCGACGUUGUCUUCUCCUUGUUUUCGCCAUUCACUGAUGCCAGAACUACCAUAAAAGGUUCCGUUAGAUCUUCUUGCAAGGCAUCUUUAUCUUCUAACUGUUCUCAUUUUCAGUCAUGUCUUGUAGCUUUUUUUCAUAGUUUUUAACCAUAAAUUUUGAGCUGAUUUAGAGAAAAGUUUCUUUGAGACCUUGAAAAAUAACUUGCCUCUUCGAUACCUCUAUAAAAUUUGACUAUACUACUUUAAAAGCCAUGUCGAAGUUUUGUAAACACCUUGAAAAAUGUAAAAUUUUGACGUUCAAUUACAUUAAGAAUUCUCACGUUUCUGUUCAACAUCUUGAUUUAAAAAAAUUUAAAUUAAGAAGUUUUCAUUUUUCAUUCCAAUCAUCAAUCCCCUCCUCAAAGUAUCUGGUACAUAUUCAGUUUCUCGGCAGUUCUUAAUCUUAUUUGAUCGUGAACUAUUUCUGAACUGAAUUACGCUGUAGACAUCGACAUCGGUCAUUGACGCUACUGACCUAUGAAACACGGAAAAAGUCUUUUAUUGCUUGUUUUUUUUUCCUCUCCAAUUUUUCGCAAAGACUCUUCUUUCUAACUUUUGCAAUCUCCAGUUGCCGAAGGGAAAAACUUUGUUUAAGAACAACCUCUAAGAUGUUUGCUCAACUUUCGUUUUCGCUAUCUGUAGUUUUAUAAGCUCCGUUCAAACGAUUUUCUAUCGCUUUGUUUGAAAAAAGGCAAUCAAAAUGAUCUUAUCAUUUUGAACUGAGUCGAUACGUGCUAGAAACUGGAAAAAAAAAAUCAAAAUUUUCUGAGUUUGUUAUAUUGGACUCUUCUGUUUGUUCUUUUUUGUAUCCUGAAAGUUGUAGAAGACUAAAAAUAAUUGGAAUAAUAUAAAGAGCAUGUUAUGUUUUUCUCAGAGACUAGCUUCCCGAAAGUGAUUGAUCAUUAUUCUUGCAAGGUUUAACUAGUUUUUUUUCUGGGUAAAAAUAUCAGCCACUUUAGACCAAAAAACAAAAUGAAACAUAAAAGAAGGAUACGUAUCAAACCUUUUUAGUUUUUUGAAUCGAGUUCCUUUUAAAAUUGCAAGUUUGAUGAUGAAAAAUUUGCGCUAAACGUGGUUUCUGAUAGAGUUAAUGCUUCACAUACUAUUGUGCUGAUCAAGACUUUUUUCUUGAUAGUUUAAUAUAUAUUUUCUUACAUUGAUUUUUCCACGUGAAUAAUAAGUGUCUGCAGCUCGAGCGAGCGGCGUUCUGUUAGUCGCAGGCGUCGGAUCGUAUUGCGCGUACCGUCUUUGCUCCAACUUGCUCGGCAACAGGUUCGUCCAGCUCUUCUUUAACUCAACUCUUUGAGUUCUCAGGUUCGUCUGGGAAUUCAUCGAGGCGAGUCGCUUCGACCGGAUCCCCUCCGCUGACCGCCGUUUACUUCUUUCUCACCUGGUGGGGCUCGUGUUUUUCUUUUUUUUUUUUCAAAACAUUUGCAAAGCUAUCAGGUGACCGUUGACCUAGAGCGGUUGAGAAAUAUCAUUGAUUUCACAAGAAAUGGACGAACUUUGGGAUUUAAAAAUAUAUGUGGAAAUCGGAAAAACUCAAUUUUUUUUUCGAAUUGGAUUUAUACACCCAGAGAUGGAGUUGUACUCUGAACCGUGGAUUGCUCAGCUUUCAAAACUCUAAUAAAGUGCACGAAGCUUAGAUCAUGAAAAUGAAUUCCUUUCUGUAAAACGAGGUUAUUGGUCUGUUAAACUGAAAGGUUCCUUCGGUGUUAAAUGCGUCGUUCCGAAAUUUCAUCAGGCGUUAGGCGUGCCGCGAUUACACAUUGUCGCAUUGACGCGACCGUGUCCGUUUGACGGCUCUUUGACAAUCGGAAGGACGACGUUGCCAAUCAUCUAUACUUUCUUUUGUUUCCAGGGCGGCACCGACGAGGCUGUCGGCGAUUCAGAAGAAGAUGGCGUCGACAGGGUCAGCGUCGGCGCUCGAAGUCUUCGAUCUCCCAGCCAGGUUUUCCUUUUCGGAAAUCGAAAUAGUAGAGGGGCGAAUCAGUAUAAAAGAUUAUAAAUGAAGGUUUUGAAAGUAUCUAACUGUCACUUCAUCAACUGCUAUAUUUUGGGUGGACUUCAGUCCGAACGGCAGAAAUAACUAUCAGUCGAAGAAUUUGUAUGAAAAAAUAGCUCGUAGAACAUCUGCACAAGGGUUUUUCAUGGAAGUUGUACGAUUUCGGCUUUUGAAAAGCUAAUGAAAAAGAGUGGACUAUCCAGUUAUUGUUCAGUUCUAUUUUCUGAUCUCUGCUUCACAUUGCGACAGAUUCAGUCAAACUAAAGAGGUCUGAUGUUAAAGAUAAGAUGAACUCAAGUUUUUUUUAAUGAGGAAUUAUGUUCUUUCCUAAUUGAAAACUUGUAAAAAAUACCGUUGAAAACUAAAUUCAGCAUUUCUUAGAAAAAAGUCUUGAGGCUCACGUGAAGUAACUUUUGUAUUGAAAUUGAAAACCUAGGAUAUAUUGGCCGAAAACAAAACAUUAUUUUCCUGGUUAACUUUAUAAAAGUUAUUAUUAUGAUGUUUUUGAAAUUCAUCGAGUUUACUAUUGAAAGCCUUCUGCUCAGUUGACGUAUAUCGAAGAACUUCCCAGCCUUCCCUUAAGUACGAUGGACCAUUCCUGAUACUCUGUUUUCACUGAAAAACCUGGUUAAGGUCUCCUUGGCACGGCUUUCGAGAGUUCGUCGCUCGACACGCGGAGCCGGCCUCAAUGCCAUAGCCAGAAAUACCAGAAGACUGGGCGUCAUCAGCCGUCAAUCUUCUAAUUCUCGUCAGUUUGAUUUUUCCAAAGAGAGAAGGAAAAAGAAAUAUAAAAUUGUUUUCAGGCUUGUCAACCUCUUCCGUCCCAUAUUCCGGCGCCUCCAACAAGUCUGCUUCGUUGAGGAUUCUCUGGGAAGGUAGCCAGGGUUGGGACGACGAAUUCGGGGGUCAAGGUGCUUUCUAUAAAGAGAAAUCGAAUAACUUCUGGAAGUCUAGAUGAAACUCCUUCGGUGAUUUGUCGCCUCGGAGCGGUCCCCUCGACGUCUUAUCGACGUGACGACUGCACUUCGGUCGGCGACCUUUGCAGCGUUUUCAACGAUGUUUGUUUUCAUAUCAUUCAUCGCAAGAUUCAGAAGGGAUUUCAUAGAAGCCGAAGAUAUAAUAAAAUCCAGGAAAUCUACGGAAGUUUGGAACUAAACUGAAGGUUUUGAAGUUAAAUAAGAUUCAACAUGAUUCUCAAAGCUGUUCAAUGGGAAUUUGAAAAGUGCGAUCGUGUGAAAUUCCUUGAAAAUUUUAUUUAAAUUUUUUCCUUUUUUUUUAGCUUUUCAAGCACUUAUUUUCUGUUUCAAAACGUUGGCAGAAUCAAGAACUAGUUCAUCUUCUCCCUCUAUUCUCAAAUUGCGCUGGAAAAUUUUCAAAAAAAGGGCUUGUUAUGAAACUUUUAGUUGAAAAACAUUCGGAUUCCUCAAGGGUUUUUUUAAAUCAUUUUUCUGUAUUUUCUGUACUCAUUUACAGUUUAUUUCGCGUCUCCUUCUCUAAAAUCUAUUUGGAGUUCCAGGUUAUGUCGGUGACUUCUGCCGUAGAGAUCCAUGAUCCGCUGCUCGACGACUUGCCCAAUGAAACUGACCAUGUUGGUUUUUCUUUCCGUUUCAUUGAACCAUUUGAUUCGAAAAAAUUCUUUGCCGCAACUCUCGAUUUUUCAACUUUUACCUAACAAUGCUCUUGUUUGCAGAACGUGGCGGAUGAAGCGUGGCUGAAGAGGAUGACCAGUAGCAAAUACAUGUACGAGAGCGUCGUUGUACAGAGCGAAUGUGGCUCUUCAAACGCCUCGCCGCAGCAUUCGUUUCACUCGUACGCACUUUAUUUGCCGCUUCUGGGUGGUUCGGUCGCCAGAGAGAACCUAAUUUGAGGGGGAGGGGGGAUAUGGUUAUGAUAAAGUAUAGGGCUGAAUGGUACAUUUCGCUCGACACGGUCACUAAGUCACUUCCUGAAGGAGCUUUAAAAAAACUACCGUAAACACAGCCUUUCUUGCACUUACGCUUCGAAAAGCAUCAAGGGCAGACUGCAAAGACUGUAAAAACACUCGGUCUCCGUGCGAAAUUUGGCAUUUUGUUCAUUGGACGGAAUAAAGGCGUGACAAUCUGGAAUGAAAUGUCCUAUAGCUUACAAAACGUCCAAGAUAAAAUUUGAUCUUGCUAAAAACUAAAAGUUCUCGACCAAAUAUAGUUGCCAUCAACUGGUGUUAUCAUAACAUGAAAUUUGAAAUGUUUAUAGGUCGCUCUUACGGUUACAAAAGCAUUUUUCAAAAUUUUUCACUUUAAGACUCACAUACGUUGAUGCAAAACUUUUUUUACUAUUUCCUAAUGAUUUCUUAUAUCAGAUACUUAUAAUCUAAAUUGAUAUCCCCAAAAAAAAAAGCUUUUUUUAUAUUCACAGAUAUUUUUUUUCAAGAUUUUUUUUCGUAUUUUUAGACCUUGUUGAGAAGUCAAUCCAGUAAAGAAAAAUAAUUCACUUUUUGGACACUUGUUGAAAAAAAAGCUUAAUGUCAGUUUCCAAUUUCUCAAUUUGAUUCGAAAAAAAGUUUAGAAAUCGUUUUCCUCUGUGAGUUUCAAAAUUAUUACACUUCUUUCGAAAGCCGAUACUUUCUCGGAGGAACUUUUUCUUUCGAAAUGACUGAAGAAACUAAAAAAAAAAACGUUUCGAGAUAUUUUUUUGGUUUAGAAAAACUGGAACUGGAUGAUGAACCGACGACAUCUUCGGACGGAUACAAACAUAUGACGCAAAGCAGUAAUUCCAGGCCGAGGUAUUUUUUAUUCUUUCAACAAAAAAGAUUAUAAAUUCAAUCUAUUUAGCAAUGGCCGGUCAAUGUACGACAGUGCGAUCGGCGCAGAGAUUUCCAGCGACGACGGCUCUUUUUUCGACGCUUCCAAGAGGUAUCAUUUCAAGAAAAAGGCCUUUGAGAGCUUCUUAGCAACAAACUUGUUUUUGAAAGUUCAAAAAUACCUGUUAAUCAGAAAAUCACGGCUAUAGUUCUGUUGGACCUUUUUAUAUAAUUUUCGGCUGUUUUUUAUCUUUUUUUCAUGUGGUAUAUCUUAUUUUUUAUGUGGUUGCCGUUAUCCGACAAUUCACAGCUUCCAGUUUCAGUUUUUGCACAGGUCAAAACUCUGAUUCUCACAUUUUUUAACCAACGUUUGUUUUCUAUUAAAUUGUGAAAUAUGCAAAAAUAAAGAUGUAGCUCAGAAGUGAAAAUUAUGUUUUAGUUUCCCUUUCCUUUUAAACCAAAGAAAAAUACUUCCUUCUGUGCAGAGUGGACGUCAUAAUGAAAUUUGAACGCCCUUUACUUAUACGAUAUAUUAAUAGUAAAUUGAAACAUUUAGAAAAGCCCCGAAAUUAGAUUUUCUUCGUUUUCCUCCGCGAAAAGUGACGAAAUCACCAAAUUCGAUUUUUUUUCUUUGCCCUUUUAUUAAAAAUUUCAUGAAUUAUUAACAUAGAAAACCUGAAUAAUGCAAGCAUAUUUUGGCGACGUCGGAAUGAGUUAUCUUGAGUUUUCUGGCGGAAAUUUUACGAUUUUACCCUAGAUUCUUGUUUAUUUAUUUGUUAACGGCUCACCGACGAUUUCCUCUAAAAGGCGGCUUUUUUGGGAAAUGAAGGGUUAAAAAUAGAAGGUUUUUUCAACAACAAGGAGAUUUCUAUGGCAUGUUUACCUUGAAGCUCUGAAUAGUUGAAUAGGGCUACUGUUUUUUGUUUCUUUGCGAUACAAGUCAUUUACAUCUAUUCAAACUGCCAAAAAUUCUAAAAACAGGCAAAUCUUAGCCUAUUCGAAAAAUUUUUUUGGAGAAUAUAGUGAUAUCAGAUUUUUUUCAAAGUCUUUUUGAAAUCCUAUGACUUUCAAGAAAAGAAAUUUCAUUAUUCGACGUUGGAACCGAUAUAAACUGGAAAGGAUAAAAAAAAAGAGUUAAUAAUGACUGGAGUGAGAUGGAAAUGGACUUUUCCUUUUCUAAUUCUGGAGCCAGCAAAAGUGAAUAUUAAAUUGAUGUGUUUUGAACUUCGAGAACUAUGGGAAACGAUGGAGAAGGUCUGCAAAAGAGGAGAGUAGGACUACAAAAGGAAAUAAGCGUUUUCUCAAAUUGAAAACGACAAAAUCGCCUAUUUUUCAUUCUUUAGGCAAAAUCCCAUACGAGAAGUGGAUUCGUGUUCUGUGGCCCCAUCUUGUAUGAGUUUGGAAUGGUGCGACGAAGGACUGCGGUUUCGAAAAGUUCCCGGAUCGUUAGAAAUCAAGAGUUUUAGGGAAGGGAUGAGCACAGCGUUACAAGAAGAAGUCGUUGAUCCGCUGAGAAGAGCGAAUCUCGACUGGGACUUCGAAUCGGAAGCCGGCUUUGACUCAGAUCAUCAGGCGGUAUAUUUUUUGAUUUCUUUUUUUUUCACAGUUUUGACCUUUUCAAGCGAUUAGUUCACAUAAUAGUGAUAAAAACGAGCUUCUUGAUCUUUAUUAAAAUUUUCUUAGUUUUCAGUUUUUUUUUUUCUUCAGAAAAAAGUUUAUUUUCCGACAAGAAGUGUGUUUUUUCGAUUUUAAUAAGCAAUUUCACGAAGUUCUAUAGAAAUAGAGAUGAUGUCAAAUCUUUCGAAGGAAUAACUGGAACUUUGAAACGCCCUGACUUAUUAAUGUAGCAUUUAUCCUUUUUUUGGAUGAUUGAAAAACUUGCAGCCUUUCGACGUGAACGUCGCCUUCGCGCCGAAGGAAUCGCGUGAUCUAAUGGUCCUGGCCUGCGAGAUCUUCCAGCCCUACUCGCCUCCGUUUAAGGUGAAUUUCCCCUUCCUCGUCUCCUGCUAUUCCCGGCUCACUUGGACUGACGGAAAGCGGCGGCGACCUCCGAAGUCAAUUUUCCGGAUGAAUUCACGUCCAGAAGUGAUGUAACCUUUCGAGGAACCGACGUCGCCUCCCACGUCGAAUUAACUAAUUUCUAGCCUCUUUUUUUUGGACUCGCUUUUAUCGAAUUGCUUCGUGAAAUGAAACGGAACAUCCCUAUUUUAAUUAGAGGGUUGAUUCCGAUGAUCUUUCGAGAAAAGUCUUAAAAUCUGCCUUCGAAUGAAAUCACUAGAUCCUAAGGAACUUCAAGGAUUCACUGAUAAUAUUUUUUGAAGAACGAAUAAAUCUUCAUCUAUUGAAUUGAAACAAAAAGGAUCGCUAGAAUAUUUUCUCACUUCUUUCCAUCAAAGUUUGCUUAUAAUUUUGGUUUUCAACUAUCAGAUUUAUUUGGUUCUCCAAGAAUUUUCUAUCAACUUAAUUUAGAGCAUAAAAAGAAUUUUAAAGGAUAUUAUUUCAAAAAAAUACAUUGUGAGAUAAGCAGAUAAACAUUUUUGUCAAAUUUUUUUCUCUUCAGUAACCUGAUAUUUGGGUCUUUCCUAUAGGCAGCGGUUAAUGAGAUUAAAGCUUUCCUACAAUUGCUACGAAUGCUUAAGCUCUAGGUACAGCCUGAUCGCGGGUUUUCCACCGCCUUUCAAUUGAAUAUGUCUCAAAACCCAAAAAAAAGUUAUAGAUCAAUUAGAAACUCUCACCUUACAGAACCAAGAAAAUCAAUUGCGGACCCUUGUUAAUAGAAUCUAAUUGAGCGUUUAUGAUGAGAAAGGUGUCCUGCAGGAGAUCCAGCAUCUGUACCAUCGGCGGCGACUCAAGAGGUUCGCCAUCGUGCGGCAAAACGACGCUCUCAGCACCCUGCAAGCCCUAAUCCGCAGCCUUCUCUACCACAGAUGUUCGCUGCAGCGCGACCUUAAUUGGGAAACGCUCGAAAAGGUUUUCUUUUUGUGGGUCGCCGACGAGUUGAGUUGA